AUGUGCGUCUACCUCACGAACUUGAGUAGCUCAGCCAGCAAGUUGUCAAUGGCAGCUGCGGGAUAUGUAGACGAUCCGUACAUUAAACAUUUCGCUGAUCGUACGGAGCGAAGAACUUCACUAAUUAAUCGUGGGUACUUUAUUCGCAUGUGGGCCAUUGACGAUGCAGUAGAGUGCUUUAUAGCUAAUCAUCAGCCUCCUUUGCAAGUGGAUUUCUUGAACGUUGUUAAAGAGAAGGUUAGAAGAAUACUGCGGUCAUGGGACACGUUUUUUCCUAAUGCAGCCGAACAUGUAACUUGCAGCGAACAUCAAGGAGUCUUUGAAAUCGGCAGUCUCUAUACACUAAUUGGCUGUGAUAUGCGCGAUGAAGGUCUCAGUGCUAAGCUGAUCAUGGCUUGCAAGCUGUCGCCAGAGCUGCCCACGUUGUUCAUCGCUGAAUGCGUACUGAACUAUUUGGAUCCACGCGAGAGCAAUACUUUGCUGCAGCGGCUUCGUUCGUCGUUUCCCAUCUCCGCCAUUGUCGCUUACGAACAGGGAUGGCCGUACAUCCGCACAGUUCCGAUCUCAUUGAUUUACAAGGAUUUCGUGUCGGCUAAAGAGAAAAUUCGGAUAUCAGAUCUUGAACCUUUCGACGAAUACGAGACCUGGCACCUGAAACUUUCUCAUUAUGUUUUAGUUUUUGCGUCUUCAACUAUCAAUGAUUUUCAAAGAUACGGUCAGAGAUUCAUGUCUGAACAGGUGGUGCCGUCAGCUGUUGUUGAAAGAAAUACUUCGAUUUCUAUGAUCGACAUAAGUCAGUUGCAAGGCGCCCAGCGACUAGGUCACAAGGCAGUUGCUGUCGGAACGUGGAUAUACUAUAUCGGUGGGUGGGGCUGCGCUUUUCGGAAACAUCGAAGACUGCGAGACGUGUUUGCAUUGGACUGUUCGACGAUGGAGAAUUCUGCGUCGUACCCUAAAGACAGUGAUUGCGGUUAUCCGACUGUUUCUUGCAUGGAAAGACUAUACUUUACUGCGACUGUCGUUGGUGACGAUACAGUAUUUUUGUUCGGAGGAAGAAAGGGACCCCUGAUUCCUCUUAACAACCCAUGUCUAUUGCGGGUAGACGGUUUGCAUUGCACGGUUGAAAAUCUCUGCUUUAACGGUCCUGUUGCUCCCAUGCCAAGAUUUCGUCACGCCGCAUGCUUGUUGAGUUCAGACGAACCCAGUGUAUUCUUGUGCGGCGGUAUAACUUCAUCUUCGGAGCAAAAGAAGGCGCCAGUAGUUCUGUCUGACUGUUGGGUCGCUGCGUUAGGUUUAGAAAAUCGAUGGAUUGAAGUGGAGACGAUGCCCGUUGCUUUGCAUUCUCAUUCUUGUACGUAUCUGGCGUCAACUGGAUGCGUGUAUGUUUUAGGUGGACUGUCAGAGCAUGACAGCCAUUUAUCUACCAUUCUUUAUUUUUAUAACACGAUCACGAAAUCGUGGUCUGCCCAUUCGGCUUUUCGUUGUCCGCCCUUGGUCUACGGUCACAGUUGUCUAAAGGUGGCACCGUUCGAGCUGUUGGUGGUUGGUGGUAUUAACGAUCAGUACGAAGAAAAUCGUCGUAUUAUUCUGCUGAAUUUUAACACGAUGACAGAAGAAACGUUUCUGUUUCCGACCGAAAUGAGUUCCCGUUUCAUGUGCAUAAAUCACGACGCCGUCAUGGUCUGCGUCGAUGGUGAUAGGUACGUUUUCAUAUGUGGCGGUGGUGGAAAUUGUUUUUCUUUCGGUACCGUAUUUAAUCAGUGGUUACUAAAGCUGAAGUUGCCUGUUUCGGUCUCGGAUUUUGCAGAUGCAUAA